AUGCAGUGGAAAGCUCUCGCCCUCGUUCUCCUUGUCGAUCACGCCGCCGGCCAGGGGCUCCCGGUGCCCUCCGGGAUACCAGCCAUGCUGCGUUUCCAAUGCUCACACCUCGUCAUCGAACGCCUAGACCCGCUCGUCAGCCCCGGCUCCAUCCCAUCGCCUCAUCUCCACCAGAUCGUCGGCGGCAACUCGUUCAACGCGACCAUGGACCCGAGCACGCACGACCUCGUUAAGGGCUCCACGUGCACCAGCUGCACCUUCACCGAAGACUUCUCCAACUACUGGACCGCCGUCCUCUAUUUCCGCGCCCGAAACGGCACCUACAAGCGCGUGCCGCAGCUGCCCAACCUCGGCCUGGGUGGCAACGGCGGCGUGACCGUUUACUACAUCCCGCCACACGACGGCAAGACCAGGGUGACGGCCUUCAAGCCGGGGUUCCGCAUGCUCGUGGGCGACGCCGCCCUGACCGCACCCGGCCAGGACCCCAAGGUCUGCCACCGCUGCAUGCCCAAGGAGGGGGACAACAGCAACCUGAACUGCGCCGCGCCAGACACGCAGACCCUGCCCGCGAAGCCCUGCGUGGGUGGGAUCCGUUCGGUGAUUACCUUCCCCACGUGCUGGGACGGCGUAAAUACCGAUACCCCGGACCAUAAGAGCCAUGUUGCCUAUCCGACUGAAGGGACUUUUGAUACCAACCAGGAUGGUGGCCCCUGUCCGGAAACACACCCGGUGAAGAUCCCGCAGGUCAUGCUCGAGACUAUUUGGGACACUACAGCUUUCAACGACGAAGAACUUUGGCCCGAGGACGGCUCGCAGCCAUUCGUUUGGAGCACCAACGACAAAGAUGGCUACACCCAACACGGCGACUACGUCUUCGGCUGGAAGGACGACUCGCUCCAACGUGCGAUGGAUGCCCGCUGCACCGGUGAUGUCUGUGACGUAUUGGAGAACCAAACCUUUGAGGAGUCGAUAAAAUGCACCCUCCCCCAGACUGUUGAGGACGAUGUCGAUGGAUGGGUUGCCAAUAUUCCCGGCCAAAGCAUGGUUGACUGA